UUUUAAUGCUUAUUUUACAUCGCUUCGAGUCGGAGGAGACUAUGUGGCGAUUGAUCAAGACCUUCUUUGAACCUGGUUAGAUCUCACCAAUCUACCCGGCCAGGAAUCGAACCUGGAACCUAUUGGGGACGCUAUAAAUGAAUGCGAUAUCUAGUGGACAUAGCCCACACUGAAAAAAAUGGCCGUUCGAUGGUAUCUGACGUGCGCUCCAUUUGUUUAGUUGCUUUGAUCAGUUGCUCCGAAAAAUGGAGUACUCAUUGGAAAAUAAUUCGGUACAACGCAAAGUGAAAAUAUUCCAGAAGAAAUGUUGUGCCAGAGGAUGUUUCAGUACAUCAGUGAAUCAUCCAGAAUUGAGUUUUCACGUCAUUCCACAACCAAAUCGAAAAUAUUCACUCAUAGAUCCGAAUGACCUCCAAAGUGCAAUCGAAAUUGAUGUACGAGAAACUUGGAUUAAAUUAUUGAAGCCGGAGAAAAUUGUGAAAAAUUCGCGAGUGUGUAGCUUACAUUUCUCACUCGAUGAUUUUGUGUUCCCAGGUGAGUUUUUAGUCUCAAGUGGUUAAACAGAUGCACUUUGACUUUGACUUUGACACAAUUUUUCAGAGUUCGCUCUGGAGUGUGGAAUGUCCCGACGGAGAUUGAAAAAAUAUGCUGUCCCGACUCAACAUUUACCAGUAUGUGAUGCCCAGGAUCAGCAAAAUCAGGAGAACUUGAAAGAGGCGUACAUAUCACCCUCUCUAAGGGGUAGCACGUCACCAUUCCAACGAAUCGCUACCUUAGAGGAAAAUAUCAAUAUAACGCCAGUCGCAAACGAAUCUAGAUCUCCUGGGAGACGGGGAAAUACGUCAAAAUUCGAGGUGACCGAAACCGAUGGAGGAAAGCAUGCAGUUAAAUGUGACUUGUAUUCGUUAUUCGAUGCAGUCGAGGCAGUUGUCUGUGACAAUGAAAUAUGUCGUCAAAUGUUAUCUCCACAAGGACCGUUGGAAGGAACAAUCACUGAUCAUCUAUACGCAGAUGAAAAUGAUCCACCAAAUAGUGAUGCGAGUGUACAAGUAUCAGCGGAGGAUUUAGCGUCAUUUUGGAGAAAAAAGUCUGUUGAUGUUGGCAUUCAGGUGAAAUCUGGAGACUUUUACGAGCCAUUUAGCACGAGGAUUUCCACAGAUCAUGAUUUAUCUGUCCUCUGUGGAAUUAGAAAUCAUCGCAUUCUCGAUAAAUUAGUUCAACUAAUUAUGAGGUUUUUUCCAGAAAAACGACCUCAUAAAAUGCCGUUAAGGGACCGAAUUAUUUUAACGACGAUGAAAUUGAAAAACGACUUGACAUUUUCCUUCCUCACAAUCAUUAUGCGAUGUGUGGCUGAAUCAACGUGUCGAGCUAUUUUCUUAGACACUUUACAAAAACUGUCGACAAUUCUAAGGUGUGUAAUUCGAUGGGUCCCCAAGGAAGAAAUCACCAGAAAUAUGCCUCUCGCCUUCGAGAAUUUUGAAAACACAGUGUGCGUAGUGGAUUGUACUGAAUUCAAGAUUCAGAAACCUAAAUGUCUAGCAUGCCGUCUCAAAAUCUAUUCGCAAUAUAAAAGUAAUUUCACUGCUAAAUUUAUGACUGUGGUCAGUCCUGCAGGACUUUUAAUAUAUUUGAGUGAAGGAUAUGGAGGGCGUUCUUCAGAUGGUGCAAUCUUUGAAGCCAGUAAUAUAACCAGUCGAUUACAACCAGGCGAUGCUGUUAUGGCUGAUAAGGGAUUUCGAAUCGAAAAUUUGUGCGAUAAAUUUGGCAUACAAUUAUACAGAUCGGCGUUUUUAGAAAGGAAAAAGCAAUUUUCCACGGAAGAAGCAAUAUUAAACCGCAAUAUUGCCGCUGCACGUGUGCACGUAGAACGGAUGAAUCAAAGAAUUGAAAUAUUCGAUGUGCUAAAAAAUGAAUUGUCAUGGAAUCUGGUAAACUAUGUGAAUGACAUUGUAAUUGUAUGUGCAGGGCUCGCAAAUUUAGGUACACCUCUUUUUGCUGACGAUAAAUUAAUGUAAAUUAUCUGGUUAUUUAAUUGACAAUAAAUAAGCCUCUGAUAACAAUGAUUGUGC